AAGGAGGGUGUGUCCAAACGCAAGUAAGCUUUAGUAUUGGCAGAGCAGGUUUUUCAGGUCUACAGUGGACAUUAAAAAGAUGCACAUGUGGCUCCGUUCCUUUUUUAUUCCUUUAGCGAAUAGCGGCAGCGGGACGAUGGCAGCGGCCACACAGUCGAUGGGGAGUUUGCCCAGCGGAAUCCAGAUCUGUACAACUGCACCGGAUAUCCUCUACCUGCCCGAACUGGUGUUCGGAGGGUUAGUAUGGAUCCUAGUGGCUUCCACACUUGUGAAACCCGAGAACCCUCAGGGAUGGGUCAUGUUUGUGUCCGUCUUUUGCUUUGUGAUGACCCUCCUCUGGCUCAUUAUCUUUGCCUGUGGAGGACACAAGAACCGCAGCUCUUGGGCUACAGCGGACUUUAUUUAUCACCUAAUUGCUGCCAUGUUCUACCUGAGUGCCUCAGUACCCCUGGCCUCUGUAACUAUCAACAUGAAAAAUGACACUGCACAGUCCAUAUAUCCCUUUAAGUACUACCAAAUCGACAUUGCAUCAGUGGUGUUCUCCUAUAUUGCCACAUUGCUCUACUUCAUCCAUUGCAUUCUUUCUGCUGUUCGGUGGAAAUCCUUCUGAUGAAACAAAACAAAGAAUUGGAGGAAAGAAAAAACAAAUUAACAGCCACUAACGGGGGAAAACACUGGAAAAGCACUGAGGCUGAGAAAGACAAACUUCAGUGGUUAGUCAUUAUUGGAAGCACUCGACUCAAAAACACCAGCCACAGAUGUGACUGAAACACCCUUAAUUAACUCUAAACAUGAUGGAAUUCAAACUAGAUUAGAUUUCAACCCUUUUUCAUUUUCUUGAAGCUUUGAACAUUUGGGAGGGAAGGGAAAUAUUUUAUAACUGUAUUGGUUAUAUUAAGUUGGCCCAGAGUGUAGGUGUUGAUUAGGAAACAGAAUGCGGGUUUUGUAUACUCAAUUGCAACUUUGUAACAGAUCAAUAAAUAUUUGUAUAUUUAGGUACUACACACUAACAACAUAAUAUUGUAAUAAAAAGAGUAGGAACUGGACAAUGUCCUGCGUAGUUAAUGCAUGAGUGUCUUUUGCUGUUUCAGUUACACCCAUAACAGGAGAAUAAUAUCAAAAAUACAGCCAUGCAAUCGCCUUAGACAAACAUAUUAAUAGAAUGUGGCAUACAUUUUCUGUUCCAGCAUGACAAUGCCCCUUUGCACAAAGCUAGGUCCAUAAAGAAAUAGUUGAAGUCUGGUGUGUAAGCACUUGACUGGCCUGCACAAAGCCCAGACCUGAACAGUUUUAGCAUGAAUUGGAAGGUCGAGCACAUCUCCAAAAAUUCAGUGCCUGACCUCACUGAUACUUGUUUCUAAAUAAGAGUAAAUCCCCACAGCAAUGUUCCAACAUCUAGUGGAAAGCCUUCCUGUACGAGUAAAAGCUGUUAUAGCACUAGAGCGAACACAAUUCCUUUGUAAUGCUCAUGGUUUUGAGAUUAAAUGUUCAACAAAUGGGUGUGGUGUUUGGGUGCCCAUAUCAUUUUGGUCAUAGUUGUAAAUAUGCUUCAUUUUUUUUCAUACAGGAAAAUGAGAAUAGCAAUUACAGAAUUCACAGAUGUUGAAAAUGUUUAUAAUGUGUAAAUCAUAGUAUUCUGGCCUUUAUAAAUGUUUAUGUGUGAUAGAUGAGCUUGUGACUGUAUGAACACAUCUGGAAGUUCUUCUAAUGUAGGGAAAAUCCCUCAUCCAACUCGUGUCUGAGAACAAAGUGCAUGGCCCUUACUCUUAUCCACACAAACAAAUAAUGCAGUUCAAGCCCCAGUAACGGAGCUGUUCAGCUUGCAGUACAAUAAACCGAAAAAUAAUUAACAUUUUCGAGCCAUAUUGGCAGUUUUGGAUUUAUGAGUAAAAUAAGGUCUGUGGUAAACAUUUCUUGACUAUACAUGGACGUUUUGUUUACGUGUGUUUGUUCACACGUAAACAAAAUAACGAUAAAAUAACGCCCACGUAUCUUCAAAUAAAGUUUAUAGUUGGAUCAUUAAAUAGCUUCAAUGUAGUCGGCUACUUUUUUUUUAAAAUAAUGUUUUGUAAGCUAUAACAGCUUCUCAAAAGGUUAACUGACUCUAGUUUAACUACUUUAAACUAGCUUGUCGAGUAGUUUGAACCUAUUUAAUUACAUAACUAUAAGCUUUUAGAAUUACAAAAUCUGUGUAGUAAUGAGUACAAAAGCAAUCUUGAUUAGGGCAAUAGCAUUAAACUUAAACUAAUAAAUUUAUACUAAAUAAAAGUAAACUAGUUCCCAUUUCGAUAAACAUAAGUAUUUUUUCAGAUAUUUAUUUCACUACUAAAAAGAUGACGUAAAAUUAUGUGCAGAAACUUCUGGGAACCCAACUCAGUGAUGCUUCAAAUUAAUAUGUAAUUGUGUUUUAAAUCGAUUGAUGUUGACUGAAAGUGACCAUCUGAAUGAUAUUUAUUAAAAUACAUCAGAC